AUAAGUUUAUAAUCCAAUCUCAAGAUGGCUGAAGAAGAUCACACCUUUGAAACCGCCGAUGCCGGUGCUGCUUUAACCUACCCAAUGCAAUGUUCUGCUUUAAGAAAGAACGGUCACGUUGUUAUCAAGGGUAGACCAUGUAAGAUUGUUGACAUGUCCACCUCUAAGACUGGUAAGCACGGUCACGCCAAGGUCCAUUUAGUUGCCAUUGAUAUCUUCACUGGUAAGAAGUUGGAAGAUUUAUCUCCAUCUACCCACAAUAUGGAAGUUCCAAACGUCUCUAGACAAGAAUACCAAUUAUUGGACAUUGACGAUGGUUUCUUAUCCUUGAUGACCCAAGAUGGUGACACCAAGGAUGAUGUCAAGGUUCCAGAAGGUGAAUUGGGUGAAAAGAUCCAAUCUGAAUUCGAUGAAGGUAAGGAUUUAUUAGUUACCAUCAUCUCUGCUAUGGGUGAAGAAGCUGCUAUUUCUUACAAGGAAGCCCCAAAGGGUAACUAAGUUACUUAGAAGGUUUAGUUAUAGUAUAAAGAGAAAUUCAUUUGUAAAAUGUUUGCGUAAUUUUUUUUUGUAUUUAAUAUAUCUUCUAUAGUUUGUGAUUAAUUUAAAUCUACAACGAUAUUACCUAUUGUAGAGGAAGCGGUGGGGGGGAUGCGCCGGAAGUUGCUCAUCUUGCUGAACGAUUACUCACACGACCCGAGUCUGCCGAAUUUACUUUGGUUUGGUAUGCUCUUGUUCGAUGUUUCAAUAAAAUUUUUCACUAGUUGCUCGAUGUCAAGAAGACCUUUGUACCAUAUGCCUCAUUGUUCAUAAAAAAGUUUUUGGUCAGAUUUAGUUGAUAUAUAACCAAGCCAUGCUAAAAAUGGAUAUCAAAUGAAAUAUCAAAGAGGCUAUGCUCAUUAGGAAGUGGGGCAUACCAGAGAUAUGUACAGCCUUGUUGAUCCGAGGUCUCAGCGACAAAGGAACUAUUGUAUUUUGCAAUCAGCCGUUAAAUCCGUGAAGUCUAAUCAGAUUAAUCCGAUGAAAAGGCCUAUCUAAUCUAAGAAAAUAAUUUGGGUCAUUGAAAUUUCAUUGAAUUUAUGUCAAGUUUUAGUUCGAUGUUUGGUUUGGCAUUGCAUGAAAAUCUAGAACCGUCGCUUAACCGAGUCUAGCGUCAUUGUAAUUGGACUUAUUUUAUAUACGUGUGGAUCAAUUACCAAAGUCAAAUUGUAACCGCCAUGCCGAGGUUAGAAUAGGAGACAAUGACGUAAUUACAAGAGCGACUAACUCCGAACAAGGCUGAAUCUAACAUUCUUAUUCUGGCUUUUGCAUUCCCAUUCCAGCUGCUUAUUGGCUAAUUGCAGAUGAACGGAUAUUUGUUCGGCUGUAUCCCCAGCAAAAAAAAAAAAACAACGCCACGUAACUAUGGGAACCACAGGGAUCGUGAUUAAAUAAUAAUGAAUCUCUUUGUUGGAGGGCCAGAAAAUAUAUUACGCUAUUGAGAUUUGGUUAUUCGGUAUCGAUGACAACAUGUUGUUCGUAACAAGAAAAACGUAAUCCAAAUGACGUGAUCGGAAUGAAGUGGAUAAGCCCUAUCUCCCCC